AAUCCGAAGCUGGGGCUUCGAAUACGAAGACCGAACUUGAACUAACGGUGCGUCUUCUGCUUUAUGUCCUUGCAAUCAAUACAACCACCGCAUCAACCAAACCAACAAUGGUGGUUGUUCAAGCUUCCAAGCUUGGCUUCACAAACCCUUCUCUCUCCUCCACAACAUCAAUUCAAUUCGACUCCCAUUCUCUGUCCCUUGCUCUCAUCCACUCUGAUUCCUCCAUCUCUCUCUAUCCCUCUCUCUCUAACCUCUUUUCCUUCUCCUUCCCCGCAAACCCUAAUUGCCCCAACUUCUUCCUCUUCCUCUUUUCUCCGACUCCAGAGUUCUAACCCUAACACUACCCCUCGCGUUCUGUUCAUUGUCGCCGGCCCACAUAGAGGUGGUUCCCAGAUUCUCCUCAGGUUCUAUGUUGUGCAUGAGGGGAAGAGCUUGUUCUCUAGGGCACAGGUUGUUUGCACUCAGAAGGGGGUCAGCUUUGAACCUAGAUUGGGGGUUCUGCUUGAUUUGAAUCAUGGGCUUUCGGUUAAGCUUGCUGGUGGGGUUAAUUAUUUCGCGUUGUGUUUGAAUUCGAGCCCGAAAGUUUUGGUUUUUGGCGUUAAAAUGGUUGGUGGGGAUGAAAUUGGGGUGAAACUGAUGAGGUGUGCAGUGAUUGAGUGCUGCACGCACGUCUGGUCGAUGAGUGUCUCGUUUGGGUUCUUGAUUCUGGGGGAGGAUAAUGGGGUUAGGGUUUUCAAUUUGAGGGCACUGGCUAAAGGCAAAGCUAAGAAAGUGAAGUGUUCAAUUUCUAAUGUGAGUGAAAACCAUUGCUUGAAUGGGAGACAGGAUGAUGAUAGAGGAUCAAGAUCCCUGAAUGGGGCUUCAGAGAUCCCUUGCAAUGAUAGCUUGGAUGGGAAGAUCAAUAAGCAUUGCGCGGAGCAGAGGUCUAUCGGAUUCCCCCAGAAAUCUAAUGAGCUGGGUGCAUGCUUUAUAACAUUUACAAGAAAGGAGGUAGGAAACAUGCAAUCUAUGAGAGCAUCCGCAAAAGCAGUUUCAGUUCAAGCACUGUUUUCGAAAAAGUUUCUUGUCUUGGACUCGACUGGAGAUUUACAUGUCCUGUGUCUGGCAAACCCUGCUUUGGGCUCAAACCUUUACCUUAAUAGUCAUAUGAGGCAGUUGCCUCAUGCAUUUAAAGUUCAGAAGCUGGCGAUUCUUCCUGAUAUUUCCUCAAGAACGCAAACUAUUUGGGUGUCAGAUUUAUACCAUUCUGUCCAUGUUCUGGCUGUUUCUGAUAUAGAACCGUCUCUGCAUAAAACGGAUGCCAGUAAAUGCAAAGAAAAGCUAAUGCAAAUCUCAGUUAUCCAAGCAAUAUUUGCUGGUGAGAAGAUUCAAGAUGUUGUACCUUUGGCUGCUAACGGUAUCUUACUUCUUGGGCAAGAUAACUUAUAUGUAUAUGCAAUAUCAUGAAGAUACUGGUGAGCACGUUAUUUGUUCUUUCCCCCAUUUUAUAGCGUCCUUCUCCCUUGUUGUUUAUGUCAACUUUUGAUGGGAGUGCUCUCCAGGCCACAUUAAGAUGAUUAUGAAGGUUGAUUAAGUUUCUGAACUGGUAGUAUUCAUAAUCGUAAGCGGCAGGCUGAGGGCAAGACCGGCAAUUGUCUCCUUUAUCUAAUUGUCCAAGCGGCCUCGAGAAAACCAGGCUCUUGGAGGUUUAGUUCAAGUACAGCUCUUGAAGGAAGAUAAUUCAGUGUUGAUAUAAGAUGCUUCCAAGCCAAAUCCGUGAAUAAUCUCAUCUGCUCGUAUAAGACUAGAUCGAUUCGUGGUACUACUAGUCCAUAACGAUCAAAGUCGGCUACACUACACGCGUCACACAAUUACAUGGUCUUCGGCCCAUCAAGGUGCACGCGUCAGACAAUUACAAGGUCUUCGACUCAUCAGGGUGCACGCGUUAGACAAUUACAAGGUCUUUGGCCCAUCAGGUUGGCUCUUAAAAGAAUUUGUUGGACAUGAGAGUUGAAUGAUGACACUCAAUUGAGUGCGAGUUUAAACUUUUGAACCUUCAUGGCUUCAUCACUGUUAAAAUCAAAUUAAUGUUCGGGAAAAAUAAC